UCUCCUUAGGCUUUCGGAUUUAUGACGCGUGUUGCUCUGCAAGCGGAGAAGAUGAAUCACCACCCGGAAUGGUUUAAUGUCUACAGCAAGGUUCAGAUAACCCUGAUUUCCCACGACUGCGGUGGACUGACCAAGAGAGAUGUGAAGCUGGCUCAGUUUAUUGACAAAGCAGCUGCCUCGGUGUAA